AAGGUCAUAGAUCUGGCAUGUGCCUUAACAGAAGAAUCUAGCAGACAAGACGGACGAUUCACAAGUCCUGGAAGAGGCUGCUUGGAGAGCAAGGAAGGAUGAGGGGAGAGAUGGAAUCACCUGCCCCUGAUGCCACCGAGGCUGGGAGCAGAAGGGAGCUCUGGGAAGACGAUGUCUUUUCUCCAGAUUUGCAGCGCCAGCAGUUCAGGCAAUUCCAGUACCAAGAGGCAAAGGGACCCCGAGAGGUUUGCAGCCAACUCCACCAUCUUUGCUGCCAGUGGCUGAAGCCAAAGAGGCACAGCAAGAAGGAGAUGCUGGACCUGGUAAUUCUGGAGCAGUUCCUGGCCAUCCUGCCUCCAGAGAUAGAGAGCUGGGUGAGGGAAUGCGGGCCGGAGACCAGUUCCCAGGCAGUGGCCCUGGCAGAAGGCUUCCUCCUCAGCCAGGCAGAGGACAAGAAUCAGGACCAGCAGGCACAGGAGAAGGUCAUGCAGGAACUUCACCAUGGAGCCACUUUUCUGGGUGAUGCCACUGCUGUACAUUUGUUGCCAUCUCUUUGUGGCAGAGAGAAAGCAUCUUUCGUGCAGCUUGAUCAGGGUCUGGUGACCUUAGAGGAGGUGUAUGUUCAUUUCACUGAGGAGGAGUGGGCUCUGCUGGAUACAGAUCAACGAAGGCUUCACCGAGAAGUCACGGAGGAGAACUGGCAGAAUGCGGCCUCUCUGGGAAGACUUCUGGUUCCCAAAUCUGAUUCCAUUUCCCUAGUGGAAGAAGAAGGAGGCCCAUGCAUCCAAGAAGCAGAAGAAACAGAGAGAUCAGCAGAUGCUGAUGGUCUCCACAGCAGGUCACAGGGAGUACCACGACACCAACUACUUGAUAGAGACCAGCAGAAAAAAUAUACUGGAACAAAACAGAAGAACGGGAACAAAUACUCUGUGCCUCAAGUUGCUCAGUCUGAGGUCUUUAAUGCACGCCAAAGAAUUACUACUGUGGAGAAACCAUAUAAAUGUUUGGCGUGUGGAAAGAACUUUGCUCAGAGUUCACACCUUAUUGCCCAUCAACAUAUCCACACUGGGGAGAAACCAUAUAAAUGCUUGGAGUGUGGAAAGAACUUUGCUCAGAGCUCACACCUUACUGCCCAUCGACGAAUCCACACAGGGGAGAAAGCAUAUAAAUGCUUGGAUUGUGAAAAGAGUUUUGCUUGUAGUUCGCAUCUUACUAAACAUCAACGUAUCCACACUGGGGAGAGACCAUAUAAAUGCUUAGAUUGCGGAAAGAGCUUUACUGAGCGUUCACACGUUACUGCCCAUCGACGAAUCCACACUGGGGAGAAACCAUAUAAAUGCUUGGUGUGUGGAAAGAGUUUUACAUGGAGUUCAGACCUUACUGCCCAUCAACGUAUCCACACUGGAGAGAAACCAUAUAAAUGUUUGGAAUGUGGAAAGAACUUUGCUCAGAGUUCACACCUUACUGCUCAUCAACGAAUUCACACUGGGGAGAAACCAUAUAAAUGCUUGGAGUGUGGAAAGAGCUUUGCUUGGAGUUCAGACCUUACUGCUCAUCAACGUAUCCACACUGGGGAGAAACCAUAUAAAUGCCUGGAGUGUGGAAAGACAUUUGCUCAGAGCUCACAGCUUACUACCCACCAACUUAUCCACACUAGAGAGAAACCAUAUAAAUGCUUGGAUUGUGCAAAGAGCUUUUCUUGUAAUUCACAACUUACUAAACAUCAACGAAUCCACACUGGGGAGAAACCGUAUGAAUGCCUAGAGUGUGGAAAAAGCUUUGCUUGGAGUUCACAGCGUGCCACACAUCAACGAACCCACACUGUACUACAUAUGAACUAACCUCAUAGGACAUAACUUAAAUUACACCCAAGAAUUCACCACAGGAUAAACCAUAAAAACACUAAGCCAUGUUUUGCAUCAAUGACUUUACUCAUGAGAGAAACCAUGCAAAUAUUUCUAGUGUUGUAGGAUCUUCAACCUUAUCACCUACCUUACCAGACAUUAUCAUCAGGAGUUUUUAUGCUAAAUCAGGCCUGUAAUGUAUAACUUUUGAACUGGUAUUGGUUAAGUUGUGUUCAGUUCUCAGCUAAAAUAUUUGGAAUACAAUUUAUUAUAAAAUGUGAAA